GAACAACACAGUCUCCUGCGCAACGCGGACCACUUCUGGACUACCGACACCUACAUGCUGCACGACGCUGAAUGCAUUCUGCAGUUUUUGAGGGCAACCGCUGACCCAAGCAGUCGUCCGCUGACCUCGGCUGCUGCUGCUGGUGCUGGAGUGCCCGGGUUUAGUCUGUCUUCCCUCUACAAACCCAUGGGCACAGAUCCGGUGCGCUUCAUGACAGAUCAGGACGAGAAGGGCCCCGUGCCGGUGUUAACUAUGCAAAAGAAGGAAUACUUUAUGCUCGGUACGUGCACACCGGAUGCCACUUCUUAA